GUGUUGAUGCUGAGAGUAACUCAAAUACCGCAGCAAGCAGGACACAACAAUUCUGUCCCCCUGACCCCAUAACAAUAUGAGCAAACCUGAAGGGACAGAGAGAGGAGGACAGUCCAAAUCCGACAACUGCGAAGAAAAAGACUGGGUAGCUGUAAAAGCGUUAUUUGACGAGGCAAAAACACCGAUGAAGCCCCGUCCGCCCAAACCUAGCAACGCUGUGACGAUUGCGGUGUCCUCGCGAACGCUGUUUAACAUGGUGAAGGAGAGGAAAGUGUUUGAAGAGGAGGGGCUGGAGAGGUACGUCGCGCACCAGCUAGAGCUCGAGGACCAGCCGUUUACCCCAGGAGUCUCGUUUCCUUUCGUUAAGGCCCUGAUGAAUGUAAAUGCCCGUUUAAGAGAACUAUACCCAGACAGUGAGGAGCUGUUUGAUAUUGUGUUGAUGACCAAUAACCAUGCCCAGGUCGGAGUUCGCCUCAUUAACAGCAUCAAUUACUAUGAUCUAACUAUAGAGAGAUUUUGCAUGACGGGUGGAGAGAGUCCAAUUGGUUACCUAAAGGCCUACAUGACCAACCUCUAUCUGUCCAAAGAUUCAAAGAAAGUACAAGAAGCUAUCGAAGAAGGAAUAGCAGCUGGCACGAUGUUCGCCUGUGACAGUGAGAAUGAGCUCAGUGACACUCAACUACGUGUAGCAUUCGACGGAGAUGCUGUUUUGUUUUCUGACGAGUCUGAGAUUAUCGUAAAGAAACACGGAUUGGAUACUUUUUUUAGGCAUGAGAAAGAGUUUGAGAACAAGCCUCUGGCUCAGGGCCCCCUGAAAUGUUUCCUUGAAGCACUGGGUAAACUCCAGCGCAAAUUCUAUGUAAAAAACCAACGAAUCAACUGCCCUAUUCGCACCUACCUCGUCACAGCUCGAAGUGCUGCCAGUGCUGGGGCCCGCGUUCUGAAGACCCUACGGAGCUGGGGGUUGGAGGUAGACGAGGCCCUCUUUUUGGCAGGGGCUCCUAAGGGGCCUCUCCUACAGAAGAUCAGGCCUCACAUCUUCUUUGAUGAUCAGAUGUUUCACAUUGAGGGUGCCCAGGAGCUUGGUACAAUCGCUGCUCAUGUGCCCUAUGGGAUUGGACAGAAGUAUCAUAAGGGGAAAUGCAUAGACACAAGUGAUGCCAAAAAGUUUUGAUGAUUAUCAAAUGCAAAUGUCAGAGUCCCAUGUCUUUAGGUACCUCAACACCUAUUCAGUGUCUUGCGUCUAUUCUAUACAAUAGUUAUAAAAAAAAUGUUUACUUAUAUUAAUAAUGAGCUGGGAAGUGAAGCACAUGAAUGAAAGCCUCUUCACAUUAGAGGUCAUUUUAUUUAUUUAUUUGCUUCAGAGAGUUUUGAACCUUGAUCUGUACAGAUAGUAUAAGUUAAAAAGAUCACUGGAACUGACCUUGUGUAUUAUGUAACGUAUAUUAGUAUGUAGCAUGUUAUGUGCUGUACUAAUCUGUCAGCACUAAGAGGUUAAAACUACUGUGCAUACUGCAGCCCUUUCUUUUUCUUUUGGAGAAUAAUUUGCAGUUACUGUAGAUGCAUUUACCAGCCUUUAUGCCUUGAUCAUUACAACUUUUUAAGAUGUUAAAUAGUUCAUUUUGAAUCAGAAAGAGAUUUAUUGCCAAGUGUGCUUACACACACAAGGAAUUUGUCUUGGUGACAGAAGCUUCCAGUGCACAGAUAGGAUGACAAGUGACAAGACACAGAUAACAAAAUUAAAAUGAGUAAG